UCGUUUUGAGAACUCAUCAAGUAACGGUCGAAUUAACAACCCAUUCAUUUUAUUUACUUCUCGUUGCAUAAAAUAAAAUUAAAAAAAAAAAAAAAACGAUUAAAAAUUUAUUGAGAAAAAGAAAAUAAUUAAUUUUCUGUGAAAAAAAAACUUCCCUGCUGUUAUAUCAAUUUAAUAAACAAAAUUAAAAGGAAAAAGACGAAAUAAACGAACAAACAACUUUCUAGUGUUUAUCAAGCUGCUAGGAGAGUGGAGAAAGAAGAGAAAAACCAAUUUUCUCUUCCAAAUUUUUUUUCUUUUAAUAUUUUUGUCAAGUGCCAGGAUUAAAUAAGCGACAACUAUUUUUUGGGUUUUAUUUUUCAUUCUAUUCUUUAUUCACUCUAAACGAAAAAACAAAGUGCGUGAGAAAUCAAAAUUGACAAAGUUGUUCAGUUUUCUUCGAAAUUACAUCAAUUAUUUCCUUCUAAAAAAUUCUGUUAGGUUACUCGGUUGAAGUGAUUCUCAAAUUCUGACCUAAUCCAUCCACCAACGCCUUUUACUCAUUUGUAGACGGAAUUCCUCUUCUCUCUGUCAUAGAACCGAGAAUUGUUGUAGUUUUUCUCGGUUUGUUUGUUUACAAAGUUCGUUUUUUUUGCGCAUUUUCUAAAUUUGUUUCGACGUCGGACGGUGCAAUGAAUCUAUCAUUUGCUGGCUGUGGCUUUUUAGGCAUUUAUCAUGUUGGUGUGUCGGUGUGUUUUAAGAAAUACGCACCGCAUUUGCUGCUGGACAAGAUUGGCGGAGCAUCGGCUGGCGCAUUGUCAGCUUGUUGUCUGUUGUGCGAUUUGCCAUUGGGUAGCAUGACAUCAGAUUUUUUUCGUAUUGUAAACGAAGCUCGCCGCCAUUCCCUUGGCCCCUUCAGCCCCUCAUUUAACAUUCAAACAUGCCUCUUCGAAGGCCUCCAAAAGCAUUUACCCGAAGAUGCACACAAAAAAGUCAGUGGCCGCUUACACAUUUCCGUAACACGUGUAUACGAUGGCAAAAAUGUCAUCAUCUCCGAGUUCAAUAGCCGUGAAGAAGUUCUCGAUGCGAUAUUGUGUGCAUGUUUCAUUCCAGGAUUUUCCGGCUUCUUGCCACCGAAAUUCCGUGGCGUACGUUAUAUGGAUGGAGCAUUUUCCGAUAAUCUACCAAUUUUAGAUGAGAAUACAAUAACAGUUAGUCCAUUUUGUGGGGAGAGUGACAUCUGUCCAAGGGAUCAGAGUUCACAGCUGUUUCAUUUGAAUUGGGCCAAUACGAGUAUUGAGAUAUCUCGUCAAAAUAUGAAUCGUUUGAUGCGAAUUCUAUUCCCUCCAAGGCCAGAAUUUCUAUCGAAAUUCUGUCAGCAAGGUUUCGAUGAUGCUUUGCAAUUUUUACAAAGAAAUAAUUUAAUUAAUUGCACAAGAUGUGUUGCUGUGCAAUCGACAUUUGUUGUAUCGGAAUCAGUGGCAGAGCCACAAGAUUUUGAUCCAGAGUGCAGAGAAUGCAAGAAACAUAGAAAGGAUGCAAUGAUUGCAAAUAUGCCACAAACUGUUUUGGAUGUUAUACAUGGAUAUAUUGAACAGGCUAACAAAGGUCUUGCCAAUUGGAUAUUCAAACAUCGUGGAGUCAAGCUAUUAUCACUGCCAGCCACAGUUCCAUUAGACUUCCUCUUGGCAACUGUUUCAAAAAUUACAACAUUAACACCAAAAUUAACGAGACAAAUAAUAUUAGUACUUGAAGAAUUAGUUUAUAGACUAAAUAAUGCAGUUCAUGUUCGAGUUUUGAAUAAUUUAACUCUCUGUGAACCACCUGAUUUUGACACAACUGGACUAUUACAUUCGAGUAAACUCUAUGGACCAAGAGUAUCGAUAUUAGUUGACGAAAUGGGAGCUCCAUCAUUAGAAACUGAUGUUGACCAUUAUGAACAUGUUCUUAAAGUGACGACGCAUAACGAUGCAUUGUAUGCCUAUUAUUACACAGAUGACCAAACCAAUAAGGUCAAAGUAACAGAAAUAUUUGAAAUGACUGAAGACGAUCGAUUAGCAACAGAUUUAAAUAUAUUCGAAGGUUCUGUCGAAGAUCAUCCAAAUCCUCAUCAACAUCAACAUUACGCUGUGGAAAGUGAAUGGAAUGGAAUUGAAUCAGAUUUUUUCAUCGAUAAGACUCCUAGCGAAGUGCAACAACAACAACAAAUUUAUGAAACCAACAAUAAUAAUUUAGAUCGCCUUAACUGCAAUAAUUCUGAAAAUAACAUUGGUCAAGGACCAGUACUUGAGAGCAGAGAAAAAGAGGUGAUAUCACCCGAACAUACAACCUACGACAUUGUCUUCGAAAUUGAUGAUCCAGAGGUUUCCGCCGUAUUCAGUGAUCCCGAAGUCGAUCAUCACAUAGAAAUCGAAGCGGUUCGAAAAAAUUUCCAACGAAGCAGAAGUGUUAGUCAAACUUUACUGCAACCAAGUUCAUUAGAAACGACGAUAAAAAUUGAAUGAUACCCAAAAACAAGUUAGAGAUGAUGGAAAUGGAACGAUAUACCUUUCAACAGAAAAAAUAUCUACGUAAACAGUGAUCUUGUAAAUAGAUUUAAAUUUGGAAAUGAUAACUUCCUUUGAGGAAGAAAAUCAAAAACACACAUUUUUUUUGUAUUUUAAGCACACCAGUGUGAUGAUGAUUAUUUUUGGAUAUUAUUGUAAAUUGUAUUAAUAAUUAUUAUUAGAAACUACCAAAAUGAACAAAAAAGUAUUUAAAAAAAUCUAAAAAUGCGGGGCAAUUUAUAAAAAAUCAAAGCUUUUCGAAAGAGCUCUAAACAAAAAAAAAAAAAAAAAUAUUAUGUAUAUUUUAUUUUUAAUCUAUAAAAUACUUUCUUUUUUUUUAAUUUAAGAACCAAAUUCAAAAGUAUUCAUUUUUUUGCUGACAUUAUUUUUGCCUUGUAGUUGUUCUUCAGUGUAAAUAUAAACUUGUAUAUAGAAUAAAAUACAUUUAUUAUUUAAUAUAAACAAGCUCUCUUAAAAUUACACACAGAUGGAUAUGUCUCAAAGUCUAAUAUUUUUGAAAAAUCUUUAUGGUCUCUCAUUAAGUAAAAAUGUUCCUACCCUUUGUAGUUGUUGAAAAUAUUUUUGAGAUUUUGUUAACUGAAAAAAAAUAUGUUAUUUAUGACAUUCCUAUAAAAUUAAAUUAAAUUAUUAUUUAUAUAAAUGAGCUU